AUGGGAGCGGAGGGUUUACCUGGAGAUGGGGAGGGUUUACCUGGAGAUGGGGAGGGUUACCCUGGAGAUGGGGAGGGUUUACCUGGAGACGGGGAGGGUUUCCCUGGAGAUGGGGAGGGUUACCCUGGAGAUGGGGAAGAUGGAAGUGGAGGGUUUACCUGGAGAUGGGGAGGGUUUACCUGGAGAUGGGGAGGGUUUACCUGGAGAUGGGAGUGGAGGGUUCACCUGGAGAUGGGGAGGGUUCACCUGGAGAUGGGGAGGGUUAACCUGGAGAUGGGAGUGGAGGGUUUACCUGGCGAUGGGGAGGGUUUGCCUGGAGAUGGGGAUGGUUUACCUGUAGAUGGGAGCGGAGGGUUUGCCUGGAGAUGGUGA